CAGACCGGGCAGCAUUUAGGGAGAUCUUCUCCAAGGCCUCCAAUAUAGCCAUCCUCACAGGAGCAGGGGUUAGUGCGGAGAGCGGAGUCCCCACCUUCAGAGGGGCCGGGGGCUAUUGGAGGAAGUGGCAAGCGCAGUAAGGUCACGACCAAGCUGGAGCCUUGGGGGAAACAAUUUUGACAUCACUGAGGCUAUACCCCAUGAGGUUUGCCUCUGUACUUGAGCGCAAUCCAUACACACUGUUUUUUAAAUGUGCUGCAGUUCUCCUCCAAGUAGGUGAUGUCGCUAGUGGUGGUAUCGGCUAGGACACCCAGGGUUUUUCUCACCAAUUCUGGUAGCCAUUGUUACUUUCUGAAACAAGGAUCAAAACAACAACACUGGUGACCAAGAUGACCAGAAAAUGUAUUUAAUUAUUGUGCAACAUCAAUCAAGAAGGUGGCAAGUACAUGUGACCAUGAAAUGAAAGUCACGAAGGCAGUAUUGAGGAACUAAGCGCAAAGCUGAGUUCAGGCUUCUUUUUCACUCCCUCGCUUGGGCCGUUGCCUGUUUUGCAUCACAUGACAUACGCAUUGCCCCCGCGCACCGUUUGUGUAACUUGGUGCAAACACUUCAGAAAAAAAUUCUGCGCAGAGAAAGCCUCAGAGAUUAUCUCUCUCCGUUUUUAGUCACAUGUUCUGAUGUUGUCCUCUCAAUUCCUCCCUCCACAUACGACCUAUGCCGGCACCUUCAUCCUGUUGACCGAUGUUGCAGAAUAAUUUAACAUAUCAUCUGGUCAUUUAUUUCCAUUUGUUUAAGCAGACACUGUUCCGCAGUUGUCAUUGUUGUAGCUUAGCUUCUUUUUAUGGAAGGGAAAGUAAAAAUGGUUACUUGAAAUUACCAAAAAGUGCUGAGGAAACUCCACCAUGUGGCGUCCUAAAAAAUACCAGCUAUAGUGACACCACUGACUUGGAGAAGAACCGCAUGACAAUGUCGAAAAUGCGCAUGUAUGUUGGGCUCAAGGAUAAGGGGAAACUACGUGCGGGAAAGAUGCAAUGACAUCAGCGCGGUCACCACCCACGUGAAUAUAAAGAGGCCUAAUGUCAUCACAACAUUUGACCCAUCCAUUAAUUUGUUAUUUGAGCCGCUUAUCCUCACAAGGAUUGCAGGAGUGCUAGAGCCUAUCCCAGCUGUGUUCAGCCUGGAGGCAAGUUACACCGUGAAUUGGUUGCCAGCCAAUCGCAGGACAGCUAGAGACAAACAACCAGUGUCACUCACAAUCACACCUACCAUUUGACUAAAAUGGACCAAUCAUGAGAGAUGCUCUCCGAGGCAUUUACAUGUGGCGAUAAUUUGUACCGUGUGAGUGUCAAUUAGGGGCCGUUUAGCCGAAUAUGUGGGUUACGUAUCAUUACAAUAUGGGCCUUGGAAGUAUAAACAGGCCUUAACCCAGUUCCUGUAUCUUCAAGCGAGGAGCAGGGUACACCUUGAAGUGAUCGUCAGCCAAUCGCAGGGCACAUAGAAAAUAAUUCACACUCGCAUUCAAACCUACGGUCAAUUUUGCGUCUUCAAUUAACCUACCAUGCAUGUUUUUGGGAUGUGGGAAACGGAGUACCGGGAGAAAACUUAUCUACGGACAAGGAGAACAUGCAAACUCCACACAAGCGUGGCCGCAUUUGAACUGUCAGGCAAGAUGUGCUAAUGAGUCAGCCACCAUGCCACUUUAUAUAUAUUCAUUCAUUUUUAUCCUCACUCAGGACUGUGGGCGUGCUGCAGUCUUUCCCAGUUAUCUCCGAGAUAUAUAUAUAUAUAUAUAUAUAUAUAUAUAUAUAUAUAUAUAUAUAUAUACACAAUGGAACCUCUGAGUUCAAACAUAAUUUGUUCUUGUGUAGUGUUCGAAGUCUGAUUUGAUCAAACGCAAAGAUUGUUUUCCGAUAAGAAAUAAUGUUCAUGAGUUAACAGCAUUCCCAAACUCCAAAUAGUAAUUUACCAUUUUAAUUCCAAUUUAAAAACAUGUGCACUCUGUAUUUAAACAAUAAAAAUGCAUAUUAAUUGUAAACACAGUAAAUUGUAAAAUCAAUUUAAAUGUGUAUAAUCUUCAUUCUUGCUUACGAUGUAAUGGCAUUCGUGGAUGGAUGGAGGGAAGGAGGAAGGUUUACUCCUUAGAAGAGGAGUCACCCUCCUUGAUUUGACUGGGUAAUUCUCCUCUUGGGCUUUUUUUCCUCUUCUCUGUCUCCUAACUUCAACCCGACCUUCUAUGAGAGAAAAACAUCCAAUGUAAACUGUUUUUCCUUUGUUGCAGAAUUUUCCUAAAGCAAUCCAUGAUGUUAUCAUUAAAAAUGUUGACUCCUAUAUUCACCAACGCUAUCCGGGUGGAGUUUUUCUAUGAAUUGGUGCACUUGACCCCACUUAGUGUACACUUCUUUUAUGACAGAACUCUGAACUUUCUCACUUCCCUCUUCCUCAUCGGACGACAUUUCCUCCACCGAUGUCUUCUGCUUCUCAUGCUGGAGGUGCAACAGCUCUUAAAUUGUGAGCUGAAUGACCCUCCACCAGUUGUCCGAUGUCUUCAUUGUCCAACUCGAGUCCCAUGGUUUUUCCCAAGGACACAGUUGUCAACGAGAGCAAUUUCAAUGACAGCAGUGACGGGAACUCUCAGGCUAAUAGCGCACAUGGUCAUGUUCUGGUUUUCUUCAUGAACAAUUCAAGGUUUGUUGAGACACUUGACUCCAAGUGCUGUCAAUGAGAUUGAUGCAAUUCAAAAUGGAAAAGUGGUCUUAUUUAACUGUGUGUCAUCGGUCACUGGAAAACAAUUUUGGAAGAAUGCUUUCAGGUGGUUUCUUGAAGUCGGAAAUGACUUGUUUGUCCAUAGGCUGAAGUAUCGGGGUGGUAACGGGAGAGGGGGGUGGUGGUAAGAAUUUAUCUUUGCAUCAACUAAAUCCUCCUAUACAGCAGGAGGGCGAGCAGGACUGUUGUCCAUCAGUAAAGGUCACUUCACUGGUAGGUCUUCUUCCUUCAAAUAGUACUUCACUUGCUUGGUGAAAACCUUGUGUAUCCACUCAUUGAGCAACUGUCUUGUGAUCCAGCCUUUCUGUUAGCCUUCCAUAUUACAGGCAACUUACUUUUCAUGACGAUUUUUUUUCUCAAAACCCUUGGGUUGUUUGUAUGGUAGACCAGUAAGGGCUUCACCUUACAGUCGCUACGACAAUAACACCAGAACAAAAGUGUUAGCCGAUCCAUCAUAGGUUUAUGCCUGGACAAUGCUUUUUCCUCUUUUAUCAUGUAUAUUUUGUUGUUCAUGUGCUUCCAGAAAAGCCCACUUUCAUCAGAAUUAAAACCCCUCUCCUUUCACAUAGUCACUGAAUUCUUGCACAUAUUUUUCAGCCGCCUCUUUAUUUGUACUAACUGCCUCCCCAUGCCUAGCUGCACUGUGAAUGCCAGUUCUGUAAACUUUUCAAACCAGCCUCUGCUGGCUUUGAAAGUAAAGACACUGGUACUGCCUUCAGGACCAGGAGGGAAUCCUUUUAGAGAUUGCAAUAAAUUUGUGAGGCUUUUUCAUAAAUAAUAGCCUCACUGAUACUAUCCCCUACCAACUCUUUUUCUUGAUAAAUAUCAAAAGUAGUUUCUCCAUUCCUUUUAACAUCUGUGGCCUACAUCUUUAUUGUUUAGGAUGGUCGAAAGAGUUGAUCUAAGGUGACUUUAUACUCCUGCGAUUGGCAACGCCUGCAAUGCAUCAUGUGACCUCCACAUUGCCCUGCACAGCAGCUCUGCACAGCUUGUGCAGCUUGCCAUGCACGUCAAAAAAAGUUGCUGCCCGGCGAGAGCUAAUCCCUUUUGAUUGGCCCAUUUUAGUUUGUGAUGACGUAUUCACCAUUACCCCGCUACACGCGUGAGUUGCACACAAAUACAAAGGGAAACUACACACGGGAUAGCCGCAGUGACAUCAGCUUGGUCGCCGCAUGUAUGAGUAUAAAGAACCAUUUACUAUACCAUUUUGAUACUUAGCAAUCUUCUCCUUCCUUAAAUCCACUGCAGUUUACACCACUUUUCAUUUUCUUUUGCUGCUGGUAGCUGGUAUCUCGUCUUUAUUUGGGCCAAGGGCUAAUAAAAUCCAUCCAUCCAUUUUCUUUGCCGCUCGUCCUCGUGAGGGUCGCGGGGAGUGCUGAAGCCUAUCCCAGCUGUCAAUGGGCAGGAGGCAGGGUACACCCUGAACUCUUUGUCAGCCAAUUGCAGGGCACAUAGAGACAAACCGCCGAACUCACAAUUACACCUACGGACAAUUUAGAGUGUCCAAUUAAUGUUCCAUGUUUGUGGGAUGUGGGAGGAAACCCGAGUGCCCGGAGAGAACCCACGCAGGCACGUGGAGAACAUGCAAACUCCACACAGGCGGGUCCGGGAUUGAAUCUGGGACCUCAGAACUGAGGCCAACGCUUUACCAGCUGAUCCACUGUCCCCACCAGGGUAAGAAAAUACUGAAAAAGAAAAUAUAUAUAUAAUAAUAUCCAUAAAAUAUAUUAAAAAAUCUUAAAUAAAAUUACUUUAGAAACACUCACAUACGUGAUGGGAGUGUUUACGCUAUAGCUGCCUAAUGCAUAAUGAGCCGUGGCUCGUCUCGGCUAUUACCCCGUGUGCAUUUGACGUUUUUCUGCUUGACUCGGCUGCCCGUUCAACUGUGUUUGGCUAUGCUCAGGUGUUUGGACUACAAUAAUUUGGUCAAACUCUAAAGCUUUUUUUGAAAAUAUUUUUGCUCAAUGUCUGAUUUGUACAAGUCGUUUGAAUAGGGUUAGGGUUAUGGACCUGACCUCACAACUUUGAGGCCAAUGCUUUACAAAAAAAAUUAUAAUAAUAAUUUAAAAAAAAUAUAUAUAUAUAUAUAUAAAACAAAAUAAUAAUUAUAUAUAUAUAUAUAUAUUCAGGCGGUAAAGCGUUGGCCUCACAGUUCUGAGGUCCCGGGUUCAAUCCCGGACCCACCUGCGUAGGUUUUCUCCCGGCACUAUGGUUUCCUCCCACAUCCCAAAAACAUGCAACAUUAAUUGGACAAUCUAAAAAAUGGAUGGAUGGCUAUAUAUAUAUAUAUAUCCAGUAUGGAGUGCAAGUAAUCCGUUUAAUUAAUUACAUAAGGUAUGGUAUGCGUGGAACAUACAGAAAGCAGAAUAAAAUAAAGUCUGCCUUCACAUUUCCUGCAAGCUAAGUUUAAAGUAAAUAAGCAACAGUACCAUGCUUUGGCAAGUGACACACAUUAAGUUAUCCAAGCAGAUGAGGAAGAUAGUGGUGAGUCCGGCCAUGAUGUACGGAUUGGAGACAGUGGCCCUGAAGAAACAACAGGAAGCAGAACUUGAGGUGGCAGAAAUGAAGAUACUGAGGUUCUUGCAUGGUGUGAACAGGUUAGAUAGGAUUAGAAAUGAGCUCAUUAGAGGGACAGCCAAAGUUGGAUGUUUUGGAGACAAGGUGAGAGAGAGCAGACUACGAAGGUUUGCACAUGUUUAGAGGCGAGAGAGUGAGUAUAUUGGUAGAAGGGUGCUGUGGAUGGAGAUGCCAUGGAAAAGAGUGAGAGGAAGACCAAAGAAAAGGUUGAUGGGUGUUGUGAGGGAGGACAUGAGGGCAGUGGGUGUUAGAGAGGAGGAUGCACGAGAUCGGCUUAAAUGGAAAAAGAUGACACGCUGUGUGGCAACCCCUAACAAGAGAAGAAAAAGAAGUGUUGAGUAGGAGAGCUCAGUAGACUUCAAGCAAUACCUAAGGAUCUUGCCACUCCUGAGGCUUUCUCAAGAAAUCCCUCACGUGUCUGGGAAUUUUACCACUACCGCCGUGAAGUCAUGCUUGUGAAAACACCAAAUGCCGCUCACCUGGCCAUUGCAGAGUGUGAGAAGCGUCUGGCUAAACAGGGCCGUGGAGUCACUGUCAUUACUCAAAACAUUGAUGAACUUCACCGGCGUGCUGGAACUAAAAAUAUAAUCGAAAUUCAUGGAAGUCUUUUUAAAACACGCUGUGUUAGUUGUGGGACUGAAAGAGCCACUUACAACAGCCCCAUUUGUGCUGCUCUUGAGGGUAAAGGAGCUCCAGACCCAGAAACACAUGAUGCUCAGAUCCCUGUCCAGGAUCUUCCCAGGUGUGAACAAGCAGAAUGUUCUGGUCUUCUGAGACCAUCUGUGGUUUGGUUUGGAGAGGCUCUUGAUUCAGACAUCCUAAUUCAAGCAGAGAAAGUACUGGACAACUGUGACCUGUGCUUAGUGAUUGGCACUUCGUCUGUGGUGUAUCCGGCAGCCAUGUUUGCUCCUCAAGUGGCUGCCAGAGACAUACCUGUGGCUGAAUUCAACAUGGAAGACACACCAGCCACAAUGCGUUUCAAGUUUCACUUUCAUGGCCCCUGUGGAACAACUUUGCCCCCUGCCUUAAGUCCCCAUGCAUCUGAAAUACAAUGAAAACCCUACACAGAAAUUACUUGUUAUUGGUGGAUGAUUAGUGGAGAAAACAUCUAUAAUAGUUAGUAACUAUGUUUUGCUAGUGUCACAUGCGAAGAUAAGCACUGAAAAAUAAAAUAAAAUAAGCCUCCACCAUGUUUGAAAACGCUACAAUGCAGGUUCCUUAAAUCUAUGUUUGAAAUAAAAAGUAUAUUUCUUUCUGUUUAGUCUAAUUAGGUUACUGCUUUAGUUACAUGGGGAAUGCAAAAUUUUUUUAAAAAGUAAUUGCAAUUUUGUGUCAUUCUCCAACACUGCAAACAAUUCCCAACAUUUUUUUUUAAAUCUGACCUCACCAAGGAGCCCCGAAAGGGACAUUGGAAAAAAAAAAUGGUUUCUCAUUGUAAUGAGUCAUUACAAUGAGAAACCAGUUCGGGUUUUUUUUCAAUGUCUGCUUAGGGGCUCGGUAGUUUUCCGACACUUUCUCAUUGAAAUGAGUAAUUAUUCAUGUGUAAGUUACUCAUUGUAAUGACUAAGUUACUCAUUUCAAUUACAAUGAGAAACCAGUUAGUUUUUUUUUCCUUAAUGUCCCUUUAGGGGCUCUGUACCUCUCUGCUCAAACCUGCAAAUUAUCAUCUUGAUUUUGGCAGAUUUUUUUUCUUGAUUCCUGAUCAUAAUAUCCAAUGUCUCUUGCAAUUAACCGGUAUCAAAUCUAUGGCAGUAGGGGGCAAUGUUAACCCACUGCUUUACGAAUCCCAUGAUUAUGAUGUAUUCUAUUUGUGCAUGUAUUAGUCAAUUGUGUUUGCGAUUUGAUGAAGACUACUUUUUAAAAAAUAAUCUCAUCAAUGUAAAACUUGUCUUUUUGGAAUGCUCUAUAGGAUGUGCUCUGCUUCGGUUGAAGAUAAGGUUGUGCAUGACAUUUCCCUGUCGAGCUGCAUACCCCCCCCCCCCAACUUUCUUCAUCAUCUUAAACACGUUCACACGCUUAACACUACAGACUGAGGAGAGGAUUCUGUCCAUGAUUAUAUUUAGGAGCAUCUCCUUCCAGCUUAUUAGCCAUAGGCAGAUAUGAGUUCUCAUCUGUGUCUCAGCUCGUCGCCAUAUCUUCUCUCUUUCUCUGGUACACUCCUUGCAUCAUGACUUCUCUCCACUCUCAUCUUUAGAACGGGCUUGUUGUUGAGACACCAUGUUAUUGCCUCCCUCCUGUGCAUUGCCUUCAUCAACUGCUCAUUAGAGAGAGGAUGAUGGUCCGGUGGUCCCUUAUGACUGUGCUCCAAAAAUAACGGCCAAUUUCCCACCUGUUCAGCAAUGACUUCAUGCCAAUGUGAGCUGUAUUGGCCGGAUUACAAGAGCUGUCAAAGUGACACAAGAAUGGAAGAACACAAUAGAAAAGCAAUUCUAGGGCAGGUACAAGGUUAUGUUAGAGCAUGUGUUAGAAAAUGCUGGUGACCUACAUCUUCUAUGAGGAAGUUGUUAGUGUAUUUCCUUGCUUCAAUUAGAAUUUGAGCUGAUUUGAACUAUGUAGUAUGGUGGUUCUGAAUGCAUUUUUUUUUAGUCUAUUUCACUGUGCCUUUAAAAAAAAAACAAGUAGAGUAAAACUUAGAUGCUUUUCCUUAAAGGCUUUAUACGUUACAUAGUUGUACAUAAAUUCCCAAAUUACAAUUGAACAUCAGUAAGUAAUUUUUCCCUAUUACUUAAUUAUGUGAUUGUGUGACGAAUUUGUUGACCAUCUGCCUCACAAUUCCGAAACAGACAGAUUAGGUUAAUUGAAGACACUAAAUUAGCCAUAGGUAUGAAUGUGUGCACCAUUGGUUAUUUAUGUGCCCUGCGAUUGGCUGGUAAUCAUUUCAGGGUGUAUUGAGCUCAUGCACCUAUGUCAUAAAAUCACGUGACAUCGCCAUAUUGCCAGUCAAACAAAGCACUAUUGCAAGUUAAUUUCGUUGAGACAAAACAAAAAGUAUGUCUUAUACCACGACAUCCAGAGUUUUGUCCGAUACCGUUAAAAAGCUCAUAAUAAACGACACUUGGCAUAGAGGAUCCAUAUUUAAUGCUGAAGUUGAUGAUUUCGCCGACAAGAGAUUGGACUGUUCAUUAGCUUCUGGUUGUCUUGGACAACGAGACAUACACAUGUAUCUGGUGAGUAAGUCAUCGAGAUUUACACAGAAAAGUUUGAAAGUGUAUAAAAAUCUAAAAGCAUACAAAUACUUCGUUGCUGGAUCUGUUCUCAAUCAGGAUUAAAUCCCACGCAGUGAUGGACCCACUGAGAUUUUUUCAAUACAAAUACCAAGAUUUAAAUAAAUGACCCCUGGUUUUACACAGACUUGCAUUCAUUAACUUAUUCUUCUGAGUCAUCUCCUCCGUACACAGAAGCGUAUUGCGGCCACGUUAACCUCCGUAAGCCUCUCUGCGACAGUUUAUUUAUUUAUUCAAAUGAGUCAAUUUGGCAUUAUAAAUACUUCUUGGUAAUUUGAGAUUGAGAAGAAUAAUUUCUAUCGGAAAUGAAGUGAUCGGUACACAGGUGUGUAUUUGGUUCAGCACCAUCCAUCACUAAUUGCCGAAAUCCGUCGACCUUUUCUGGUCUUUCCAGCUGGUAUUCUAUAGAGUGAUCUCUUUGAAGAUCUGUCUCGUCUGUUGUGACAACCUACAGCACAACCGGUCUCGGGCAUUCUGAAUAUUCUACUCCGGUUGAAUGUCUCCCACAAUGUCGAGCAGCUCUGUUUGACCGGCAAUAUGGCGCUGUGAAAAUGGUGACGUCAUGUGCAUGAGCUCUAUAAUGGUUGUAUUAUGUAUACAAUUAAUACAGUAGUGUGAAUGUUGGCCUCACAGUUCUGAGGACCGGGGAUCAAAUCCUGGCCCCGCCACUGUGGAGUUCUCUGUAUUAGUAUUAGUUAUGUAUUUUGUAGACUAUCGCACAAUUCGUCACUCUUAACUGCUCCCUUCACACAAUUGUCAUUGCACUAGACUAUAAAGGGAACCGCGAACGAGUAAGGGCGCUCUCCAACCUUAUCAUAAUGUGGGGUGUUGACACAUUCUUACUGUUCAAAAUUAAGUGGUCUUUGCAUCUUGCACAUCUGUGACGCUUAUAAAGAAUAGGUGUUUAAUCAGGGUAUAAAGACACACACACACCCUCACGCACACGCAUGGAGUCACACGCAUACACACUCACGGCAGGUUUUAACAGAAUUAAGAUGACUGAAGCUGGUGCUCUUCCCCAAUCACCACAGAUUAGGUUUUUGGAGUGAAAAUCCUCCAGGGAAGCACUAAUCCCUGACCGUAAGAAAAGCUUUUUCAUUCUAGCUCUCUGAUGCCUCUUGCUCCAUCACUCUAUUUAUAGCCCUGUUCAGCUUCUCUGCAUGUUAUGGUUUACUGUCUACAUUUCAGAGUCCCCUCUUUAGAUUUAAUGCCCUCAUCGCCUCGUUUCUCAUGGUUAUCAAAUUCAAGAAUUGAAAGUCAAAUUGAUCAGCUUUCAUGGUUAAAGUAGGGGAUGGAGUGGACCGAUUGAGAGAUUUUAUCAACAAUAGCUAGCCAGAUUGAGUUAAAGAACGUAGGAACAAAGGAGAAAUUAAAGUGAAAGGAACUUUCAAGUGUAUGUGAUGUGUAUGUGAUGGGAAAGCUGUUUUUUUACAAACAAAUUAUCACUGAACAAAGAACAAAGGAAAAUAGACUUGGUACGUUUACUACAUUAUACUCAAUUUUAAAAUUGCACUCACAGAUCAAUCAUCAUAUUGAAAUUAUUCUCUAUUGUUGUGUUGGAUUAGUUGUUGUAUUAUAUGAAUUUACCUUGUUUGGUCCCCAUCAAGCAGUCUUCGGAAACUCCUAAAUCUAAAAAUUAGAACAUGAGUUGAUAUUCUCACAUUUAACAUCAAAUACCUACUACAUUUUAAGUAUUGUUCUGAUGUGACCAGUUUGCCCCCUAAAACUCUUGUCUAGUUACUUCUUAUUUUCCUUUCGGCUUGUCCCAUUAGGGGUUGGCACAGCGUGUCAUCUUUUUCCAUCUAAGCCUAUCUCGUGCAUCUUCCUCUAACACCCACUGUCCUCAUGUCUUCCCUCACAUCAUCCAUCAACCUUUUCUUUGGUCUUCCUAUCGCUCUUUUGCCUGGCAGCUCCAUCCUCAGCACCCUACUCCCAAUGUACUCACUCUCUCACCUAUGGUCAUGUCCAAACCAUCGAAAUCUGCUCUCUCGAAGCUUGUCUCCAAAACAUCCAACUUUGGCUGUCCCUCUAAUUAGUUCAUUUGUAGUCAUAUCCAACCUGCUCACUCCUAGUGAGAACCUCAACAUCUUCAUUUCUGCCACCUCCAGUUCUGCAGGACAUUUCUCAUUUGUUGAGAUAUAAAUCAUGCAUCCUCAAAGGUGUAGCAUAACAAGAUUCUGAUUCGACAUAAUUAUGUAUGAAUAUUGCCCAGGUGUGCCUCAGGCUUGCCACAAUAAAAGGCCUUUCUCAUAUGUGUAGUUUUAUAACACUGCACAAUGUCACAGAUAUCAAAGGUUCUGAGAGAGC